GGUGAUCGAGGUUUACCUGGUGAUUCUGGUCAACCUGGUCAAAUUGGUAUUAAAGGGUUUCCUGGUACUCCAGGAUCACAAGGAUCACCAGGUCAACCUGGAUUUGUCGGAAAUCCAGGACCCGCUGGUAGCACAGGUUUGCGUGGCGAUACUGGUUCAACCGGGGCACCGGGAAAUAAAGGUCAACUAGGUCCGAAAGGACAACCUGGUACUGCGGGUCAACCUGGUCAACCAGGAGCUCAAGGAGAUCAGGGUUCACCUGGCUCAGUUGGAAGUACGGGACUACCUGGAGAUAUAGGAGCUGCUGGUGUUCCAGGUCAACCUGGAGAUAAAGGAUUACCUGGAUCACAAGGAUCAAUGGGACCGGCUGGUUAUUAUAUGCUCAAUUCUUAUGUUUAA